CCUAUUUUUACAUUUGCAUUUUACAAUUUCAUUGAUGAUUGAUUCAAUUAUUACUCACUAGCCUAGUUAGUGAAUCAUAAAUUUCACAUAACAGGAUACGAAUAAAAUGCCUUUCAAGUUGAGAUUAAAGAAGAGCCGACAGUACAAUGUUGUUUCAAAAUCAUUGUUUGUAAUAUGUGUGGAACUUCUCGACAGCACAACAAUCGAGUGCACUUUGUCUGCUGAAAGUGUCGGGAGAGAAUGCCUUGACAAUGUUUGUCAAAGACUUGGUCUCCAACAGCCAGAGUUUUUCGGUUUGCGCUACAUUUCCCGCAGCGGGUCUCCUAGAUGGGUGGAGCUCGAGCGACCACUCAAAAGGCAGCUCGACAAACAUGCACGAGACUUCAAUCUCUACUUAAGGGUUAUGUUCUAUGUCACAGGCAUCAAUCUUCUACACGAUGAAAUGACGAGGUAUCAUUACUUCUUACAAUUGAAAAAUGACGUAAUCGAAGGAAGAAUGAGCUGUGAUCCGAAACAGGCUGUGCUCCUGGCCAGCUACUGUAUGCAAGCUGAAUUUGGUAACUAUGAUGUGGAGCGACACACUGCUGAGUAUCUGAAAGACUUUGCCUUGUUUCCGAAGCACUUGACUCAGCAAGGACACCUAGAGAGCUUGACGGAGGCAGUGAUACUGCAAUACUCAGCCCUGGCGGGGCUGGCGCAAGGAACCGCUGAGGAAUACUACAUCUUAGCGGCGCAGCAACUGGACGGCUAUGGGCAGGAAACCUUCCUCGCAAAGGAUGAGAGUGGCAAUGAAGUGGUCAUUGGAGUUUCUCUCACUGGGAUUGUUGUCGCUUCAGAACACAGCCACACUUCUAAGUUUUACAGAUGGAAGGACAUUACCAAUGUGAUCAACCACAAGAGACACUUUGGUAUGGAGUGUCAGAGUCCUGAAGAUACAACGCAGUUCCAGCUAGCGGACGUAGAGUCUGCCAAGUACGUCUGGCGGAUGUGUGUGCAUCAGCACACAUUCUUCAUGCAGAACGAACAAGCAUCAGAGUCUAACAAUGCUGCUCAAACAGGUCUUUUCACUCAAACUUCAACUGAGGACGCACAGCUGGGCAGCAGCAGGGAGGAGCUGGAUGGGAGGGACGUGGGAGGAGGGGUGGGGUGGGAAAGGGAGGUACAGAGAGCUCAGUCCACCUCCUGUCUGGACCUAGCUGCAUCACAGGAUAUAGACAAGCUCAGAGCAAUGCUGCCCUCUUACCGUCCAGCCCCUGACUACGAGACAGCUGUGCAGCAGAAGUACAGAGGUCAGGGAGCUUUACUGUACAGCAGUCAGCCUGAGAUACAUCAGGGCCAUCUACACGAGGGUGUCCGGUCGUAUGGCAAUGCCUACAAACACUACCCAGAUGUUGCAAGGGUAGAUAGAGUCUACAUCGACCCAGCGCAUUCUGAAGAUGCAGUAUCUGGUCUACAUACGUACGGGAGAGCGCAGUUGACAGACCAAGGGCUACAGUUGGUACACCUGUACAAGCCACCCCCGCCUUACCCCAUCAACAGACACAGCAGUAACAGCACACCUGACCUGGCCAGUCAGAACCUGGGCCAGCCCAUGCACGCCUUUAUCAGUACACAGCAAGUGAGUGGUUCCAGCCCAGACUUGGUGUGUUCCCGAGUGGUUGGUCAACAUCCUCCCCCUCACCCCCACCACUACGAGGCUCAUCGCACCUACCCCAACCUGGCCGCAAUACUGACCAAUGACCAACAGCAGCACAUAGAAGAGUUGCACAACGUCUAUGAUGAUCGCAACAUCAUGUACUACAUGAGCAGAGGUGGUGCGUUGAUGACCCAGCAACAGCAAGUGGCACAACAGCAUGUGAUGGCCUUCAACAACAACCAGCAAUACUCCACGUCAACAUCGCAAGGUGUCGGGACAGAGCCUAUCUAUGAGAACGUACCUCUGCCCUGGCAGCAGGAGGGUGGGGAGCCCCGCAGUCGCACGUCUAGUAUCCAGUCAGCCCCGGAGAUGACGAGGGCUGUCUCCGCCUCAGUCCCAACCACUGCCCCGCCUACCACCGCCACCCUGCCACCUAAAGCACCCGUCAAUGACAGUAUAGAUUCGUCAGGAUCGUUGCGCAGCAGUGAUAGCUCCAAGCAAGGCAAGCAACGACCCAAGUGGGGCGGACUGCUGGGGCGGGGCAAGUCAAAACAUGCCGGCUCCACCAGCAGUCAUGGCGACCUGGGUCCAAGACUACCUCUACCCCCAACCAUCUCCAAGGAAACAAUGUGCCAAUUGCUGGAGAGGAAAUUAGUAGACAAUCAGUUAUUCUUUGAGUUUGAGAAAAUUCCCAAACAAAAAGUGAACCCAGACUUCAGCACUGCUCUUCACCCGGACAACGCAAGUCGUAACAGGUUUAAGGAUGUUUUACCUUAUGAAGAGAACAGAGUUCGGCUUUCCCCAUCCAAGGAGAACAAGACUGGUUAUAUCAAUGCUUCACAUAUCACGGCUACAGUAGGGUCUCACCAACGGUUCUAUAUAGCUGCCCAGAGUCCACUGCCGUCCACCCUAGCAUGCUUCUGGCAGAUGGUGUGGGAGGCAGAUGUCUACCUGGUGGUAGCUCUGCUGGAUGACCCUUCUAGUCAAGUCCCUUACUGGCCCCCAUCUACUGAACACCAUCUGGAGUUUGGAGAGCUGGAGGUGUACAGACAACUAUCCCAGGAGACUGGCCACUGUGUGACCAGCAAGCUGAGACUUUACCACUCUCCAUCACACAGGUCACGAGGCAUCUGGCUACUGCAGUACUCCGAGUGGGGCGAUCACGGCUGUCCAACAGCUGUGUCGCACUUUUUAGGUUUCCUAGAGGAGUUGAGCUCGGUGAGGCAGCACAUAGUGACAGAGAUCCCUGCUGGCCACAAUCACAACCCUCCUGUGUUGGUCCACUGCUCUACUGGUAUUGGUCCCUCGGCUGUCACUGUGCUUAGUGAUCUGCUGCUGUAUUCACUCGACCACAACCAGGAGGUAGAUAUCCCGCGGGUGGUGUCACUACUGCGGCAACAGCGCACGAUGAUGGUGCAGUCAGUGGCGCAGUACAGGUUCGUCCACUCACUGCUCAUAUUCUACCUCAAGAACUCACGCCUUAUCUGAUCCCGAGGGACCGAGACCAGACCUAGUCUUCCAACCUUGGCUGUGCCUGGAUAAGCUGCCUUCGUCAACACACUUCAUGCUUCCGGUAGUUUAUGAUCAAACUUGUUUGACAAUAACAACGUAAACUGAAGGAAGAGAAGCCAUAGAAUAUGUAUAAUAUUCUUAAGUUUUUAAAACUCGUUAAGGCAAACAUCUUUUAGUUCUUUACAGAGAUUUUAACGGCUUGAUGAAUUCAGUGAUUUAAUGAAUUCAUUUUUUGGAUCACAUAGUGAAUUUAACUGUAGUAAAACAUUGUAAAUCUAGUUUGGAGUAUGCAUAUUUGUAUUGGUAAAUGCAUAAUAUAUUUAUCCGUUUUGAUUGUAGUCAAAUGGUCAAUCUAUUUUCGGUAAAGCCUUGUAGGCUGUUUAAAAAAACUCUAAAAUGUUAGGAAAUUAAAAAAUAUCAGAUAGGUUUUUAAACCCUAAUGUGAUAAGCAAUCUUAAGUUGUGUAGUCAAAAACAACUGAUUAAACUUUAUAAAUACAAUGUCAUAUACCAUGUAUUUUAAAUGUUUACUGUACAUUGUUUUAUAAUAUGUUUUUAAACUAUUAAUUAGAGGAGAGAAUAGAAUUGAUGACAAAUCGAUUGAUUUUUCAAUGCAAUAAUUUUUCUUUGAUAAGUUAUUAAAUAAUAUGUCUUAGGAUAUGAUGCAAUGAACUUGUAAUGCUAUUUUUUCUUAUUCUUCUAACUGUAUCUCUAACUUCUUUAGACUGUGUAGAAUGCUUGAAGCACUCUUGUGCCUUUGUCUGGUGCCUGAUAAAUCUUAAGUUUCUCGUAAAACAUCUUUCUAUGUAGUAUUUACAUUUGUAAUUUUGCCAGUUUAAUACCAUAGUUGUGACUGUUUAAACACACAGAAAUUGGUGGCCUGUUAAUAAUAUGUGGUGCCUUAGUCAUGUUUACAUAAAACUUGAGUAUGCUUGGAUUGUUUAAACCGAUUUGAAUAUUCCUUUUCCUUGCUGUAAUAAUUUAUAUUGUCAGUUGUCACAUAUAAGGAAGUAGUUUAACAUAAAAUAGUAAAAUACCAUGAACAAAUGUUUUAUGUCUUAUUGAUUUGAAAUAUGUAUUAUUUUAAAAAGUUAAAUGUGUAAUACAGUUAAGUCUUACAAACUCAGCAUAGUGUGGACCAGAAGCAUGCCACACAAAAAAAAUUGAGAAAAAGUGCUAAAAAUUCAAUUUAACCGUAUGGUACAUUUUCCAUUUAUUUCCUGAAUAGAGGUUCUGAAUGUACAGCACCAAAACAUUGAAAUACAGGAGUUAUUCAAAAUACCACACAAGUUUUUUCUAUGUAAAUUAAUUUAAAUUCCAUACAACUUUAAGAGAGAAAGUUUCUGACUAACAGAACACUUCACACGCUCUUGUGAGCUGUAUGUGAGCUUUAGGACUGGCUAGCAACUGACUCAUCCACAAGGAACCCUAGAUCCACAUGGCGAGGUACUGUGUGACUAUUGGCGCUGAUGAUACUCAAACAGUUAAAAUCUCGGACAAAUGAUAUUUCAAUAUUUUUUUUUUACUUUUUAUUUUUUAAAAUUUAUUUUUCAUUUACUUUCUGUUUUAAUAAUUAAAAACCUCGGACAAAUGAAAGCUCGUACAACUGAUUUUUUAAUAUAAUUAAAAAUAAUUUAAUAACCUUUGGCAAAUGAAAACUUGGACAGUUGAUUUAAUUAAAUAUUAUUAGCUAUUUAUCAAACCUUGGACAAAUGAACCUCGGACAACCGAUUUUCUUAAUAUUUUGUCAUUUUUUACAAACUCUGACAAAUUUUUUACAAACUCACCCUGUGGAGCUACCGAGUUCUAUAGUUUGCCACCAGUUUCGUAAAUUACACCUUCACAGUCCAAUUCAUGUUCAAAUAAAUAUCGGUUUACUAAACAAUAUGUACUGUUAAGUUUGGGGGGCUGAGUUUGCUGACUGUUGUAUUAACUUAUGAUUUCAAAUUUUGUUUAAAUGCUCCAGCCUUUUUACUGUGGCCUAUUGGACCAUAAAUCUUCAAAUGUAUAAUUUAUUUAAAUAUAUUGCUGCUGGCCAUGACUGUAUUUUGAGCAAUGAAAUGAUAUUAUUCUGUGUUAACUCUACAUUAAGAUAGUUUUGUGGUCUUUGUUGUUUUCUAUUGUGCAUGACCAGAUUGUAUAUUUUGUAUUAAAUGUCCAAGAGGUUUUUGAAUGUUUCCUUGUUAUGUAGAUCUUGUUUAACUACUUUUACUUCCCUUUGGUUGUGUUUUUAUUUCUGAUCUCAUGCUAUAUGUAUUUAUUGUUUGUACUUAAUGUAUAUAGUUUCAGUUUUAUGAAAUUAAAUUUUUGUGUCCUUUAUCGAUGGUUGCUAUUUAUAAAAAUCUUCAUUGUAUUUAGAUCACUAUUAAAUAAUAUGUAUAUUUAUUUUUAUGUUAAAAUUGUAUUACGUAUUGCAGUUGAGGUAUUGUGUAUUAUAUGAAUUUUAGCUUAUGUAGUUGUACGGCCUUAAUUUAUGUGUUCAAAAUUCUUAUUUUAACCAAAG